CGGGGCGUCGGCGACAGCAGCUCCGCGCGGUGACAGCAGCCGCGGCGGCUCCGCUCGCGCUCCCGCCCCGCCCCGCCCGCGCCGCCAUGGCCUACCCGGGCUUCGGAGCGUAUGGAAGUUACAGUGGUCAGAUGCCUAGAAUGCAAAUGGCAGUGAGACAGCCAAUGCCAGGAGCAGUACCAAAUAUGUCUUAUGCUGGAUACUCUGGAUAUUCUGCAUAUUCUGGUACUUAUUCUGCUGCUGCUGACCCCAUGUGGAUUUACUUCACUGCUGUUGCUGGACAGGAUGGGGAAGUGGAUGCUGAGGAGCUACAGAUGUGUUUAAUGCACUCUGGAAUCAGUGGGACCUAUUCUCCCUUCAGCUUGGAGACUUGCAGAAUUAUGAUCUCUAUGUUGGAUAGAGAUUAUACAGGAAAAAUGGGUUUUAACGAAUUCAAAGAACUCUGGGCAGCUCUUAAUGCCUGGAAGCAAAACUUCAUGAUGAUUGACCAAGACAGAAGUGGAACUGUGGAACUUCAUGCGUUGACUCAAGUCAUUGCAGCUAUGGGUUAUAGGUUAAGCCCUCAAACACUAGCUGCAAUUGUGAAACGCUAUAGCAAGAAUGGCAGAAUCUUUUUUGAUGACUAUGUGGCUUGCUGUGUGAAGCUACGGACAUUGACAGACUUUUUCAGGAGAAGAGACAACAUGCAACAGGGAUUUGUGAAUUUUGUAUAUGAUGAUUUCUUGCAGUGUACCAUGGCAAUCUGAGUGUUGAACUGCUGAAGGAGGUGAAGAGCUCUAACCUGUAAAUUCUUCUGCUCAGAAGAAAUUAACUGAACCUGCUGUGAAUAGAAGCUAGUAUAGAUUUUUUCAUGUUUCUGCCUGUUAAAAUAUCCACCUUGUGUAAAUGGUUUGAUUUUUAUUGCACGAUUCAGAGCAAUAAAUAAUUGUAGCAUUGUUGUUAUUUUUUAUAGAAGCAUGGCUUUUUUUAUAUAAGCAUGCAUAUUUCCAGAUGAGUAUACUUCUGUGUCAGGCAGUCAAGCUUAAUGAAGAGUUAACAUACAAACACUUUGCUGCAAGUCACUAGCAUAGACUACUUUUAUAUAAGUUUCGCUUGCAUUUAUGAGUGGAACAGCAGAUGUCCUAAUUUUUAAUCUAAUUGAGGUAUUUCUUGUGUCAGCAUCAUGGUAAUACAAUAAUAUUUCUGAUGGCAUACACUAAAGAAUUCUAAUAUCUUGUAGAAAUUCAGUGGAUUUCACCAGAAAUACAAAUAUUUAACGUAAAACAUGUUUUUCUUUAAAUUUGUUACAAUAGAUUUUUCUAAGAAGCAGACUAUUGCCAUUUCUUUUUGUAAGGAUUUAUUUAUGGAGUAGAAAUUGUUUGAGUACAAAGUUGAGCCCCUCCCUUUUAAUUUCUUUUUAUUCCCUCCUAGAGAAUCUUUGUAGAGUUUAUUUUCCUUUCGACAUGAAAGCUUUCAAGUCUUUAUCUACUUAGUCUUUAAAAUCAUUGACUCAGUAGACCCUCUAGUUGGUGAAGCUGUUCUUGUCCUGAGAUCUUAGAAAUCCCUUAAGAAAAUAACCCAGUGAACAGAAGUGUCCCACUUAGGAUAACUCAAGUAGGUCCUUAUUUUUCAUGGUAUUUCAGCAGCACUUCUAACAGAAAAAUAUUAAAAUUAGUGGGUAUUGACAGUGAUCAACUGUUCAUCAACUCUUCAUCUCGACAAACCUGUCUUGCUCACUCCAAGCUUUGUAAACUUUAUAAUGUACAACUAUCCCUUAUCAAUCAACUGAGCAGGGAUUAAAUUGGAGGUGAUGUCCAUGUCAUGCUAGAAGGUGGGGGCUUAAUACAAUGUGCUGAAAUAGCUGCAUUCUUAGAAAUAUAUGGGAAAGUUUUUUUCAUGCUAAACAAUACUUUGGGCCAGACCCACAUUGCUUUUAUAGAUGUCUAAAUAGGAUUUAGACAGAAUUUAGGCACCGAUGGGCAUUUUUACAUGUUCCUGGAUGCGGUGUCGGGUGCUUUAAUUAGUGAGCCAUGCUAAUUAAAAGCACCCAUGCAUCACAUGUAUCAGUGUCACCACGCAUCUCCGCACUGAAAAAAUGGUGGUGGGGCUCUUUGAACUAAAGCUCCUUGAACGUGUUUUAUUUCAAAGCACCCCACCACCAUUUUGUCAAUGUGGAGACGCAUGGGGACACUGAUAUAUGUGAUACGGAAGGUUGCUGGAGUGUGCCAAUUUCUGUGCUCCAACGCACUGGAUUUCCGCAUGUGUACAGGAGCCCAAGGAUUCUAAAGAAUGGAUCCAGAUUGUCCCUGUUCCAGCAGCGACAAAGUGCAUUCAUUAUCUAAGAUUAUCUGUCACUUCCAUUUUGGACAGAGAAGUUCCUUGGGUAUUAAUGGUUGGUACUCUGUGCAUACUCAGAAUUGAACCUGUUUGAUCACCUGGGUACUCUAGUUCCUCCCUGAGCUCCACUGUGAUCCAGAUUGGUGUGGCAGGGGCACGUAAGCUCUGCAUAAGUCCUUGAAGGUUACCAAGUUGAUUGGCGUCCUUGAAGUAUGCCUAACUCAUACCAGCAAUGUCUCAUUCAAGUAAAAAUGAUAGUAGUGGGGUGCCUACCUUUUGCCUCGCCCAACAGUUCUAGGUCCUCCCUAGUAUAAGGGAGGACCUUAGUAGUUUUCAACCUUUUUAGACUGAAGGCACUUCUCCAAAACUUUUCAAAAUGUAGCGGCACCCCACUUAAAAAUAUAAAUAUAUUAUGAAAUGAUAAUAUACUCACUCCACUACCACUGCUGCUGCAGCCAGAUGGAACUGCACCAUGCACCUCCUACAGAGCCAGAUUGGGAGCAGCUGUAGUGGGAGCAUGUGCUCUUGCUGCAGCCUUUCCUGGUUUAAUCCUGCACAGUGUCUCCCAGAAACAGGCACGUGGGCCAGGUAAAACUGUCCCACUUGUCUCGGUUGUCAGGACCUUCAUGGGAACUGAACUGAAAAGUGGCUGCUGCAGAAAGGUGUGUCUUCUUGCAUUAUGUUAUGCUACAGCUUACACUGGUUCAGCUUCAAUGUGUUCCUGAAAACGGACACGUGGGCAGUUUUACCCAGUGGCACCCAGCAUCAUGGCACUCCUGGCACAUUUUCAUGGUACCCUGGUUAAGAACCACUGGAAUAAUGGAAUUCAAACCUACAUCUCCCACUUCCCAGGAGUGUCCUAACCACUAGGGAUCGGGGAGAGAAUGGGGGCAUCUGUACCCCUUCUGUGGAAGACUCAGGCCCACCCUGCAGCUAAGAAUGCAAGAACUGUGGGGCCAGAGAACAAGCAAGCAAAAAGAGAACCUGAUUAUGUCAUGCUUAGGCCACUCAGUUGGAAAGGAGGAGACAUGAUCCCUUCUCUCAGGAUUAUUUUUGUUUUUUUAUCCAAAGACUGUCCAAUAUAAAAUGCAGAUUCAGUCCAAGGAGCAGGGAGCAGAAACCAGGACAACCCUCAUCCAGAGAAGUGCCCUCAAGACUCAACUACAGAGUAUACACCCCCUUGCAUCUUUUCAUUCUGGCUCCUUCUAUUAGGCUAAAAGUGGGUGGUGCAUCAACACUUCUAGUUGCAUACCUACCCUCAGAAAUAUGGCUAGGCAUUCUGGAUCUUUAGUGAAUGGAGGCACCUAAUGUGCAGUUUAUCUUAUGUGUGGAGAGAGGAGCAGAGAGAGUUCAGUCAUGCUGUUGUGCUUAGUGUUUUCUAUUGGCUAGCCUCCCAAGUCUGCCCAUUUCCUAUAUAGAACACUGAAAUGCUUAACCCUUUCUAUUUGGAUCAUGUUUUAGAGGCACCUAAGGCUCCCCAUUGCUGAUGUAGGGAUCCUAGGCACCUAAAAUUGGUCAAUUUGAAUUGCUUUCCUGAAGCAGGUGCCUAGAUUGGGAUCUAUCCCAAUGCAAAAUGUAGGCACCUGCAUGACCAAACUCUCUGGCCCUUCUAGACUUGUAAUUCUAGUGUGUGUGUGCGUGCGUGCGUGUGUCUUUAUGUACGUGCAUUUUGGCAGUGAGCAGUGUUUUAUGUAAUUUUGUUCUUUUUACACCUACUCCCAUAGUGUCACAAGUAUACUAAACAUAAUUUAAGAAUGAAUAUUUUUUGAUACUGAGAUGAUGUAUUCAACCUUCUUGCAUCCCUGUUAAUUGUGUAACUAACGGAACUAAAUUCUCAAUCAAACUAAAUAUUUGUUUGCAUAUCUUGCUGUUCCUGUCUGAAAUAUAAAUUUAUUUGUCCAAAUUUAGACCUAUCGCAAGUAAGUUUCAUGUCGUUAUAAAAUACUGAAUAAUAUGCUCAUUAGUGUACAAGUGAUUUUAUUUGUACAGUAAACAAUUUUCCAAGUCAUCCUUGAGUUUUUUUUAGAAACAAACAUUCAAAAGCUUGUCAUUAAUUGUUAUACAAAACCUGUUAUGUAACAGGAAAUGCUACAAUUCAUAAAUAAUGAAGUAUGUCAUCUAGUGCAAAAGUUUGCCAAGCUUUCUUGUUUAAAUAUCCAACUUUGCAAUUCCAUAUUAAAGUAGCAUCAUGGACCAUUUUAAAUGCAUAUAUGGGAGGCAAAUUACUUCUAUGGGAGGUCUUAAUUUGGUCCAUCUGAUUUCCAUUCCAAAGAGAAUAGUCACACUCUUUAUUCAUUAAUAAUCUAAAAACUUCCCAAGUGGGCAGUAAAAACCAAGUAGCAGGAUGGAAAAUGCUAACUCAUGAAUAAUGCAGUUCCAUCCACUAUUCAUACGUAGGUCUACAGUGAGAAAAACAGGCUCUCCAUAGUGAUUCAUUCAUGCAAUUACAAGGCCCAGGACAUGCUCCAUUUUAGUAGCAGUAUUAACAUUUAUGGUAAUGAUAUCUUACAUGCUUGAUUCUUAGAUGGACAUUGUUUGUCUGGUUUUUAACUCCUAGUAAACUAUGCAGAUAAUAUAUUUUGCAUUACCUUUGCUACAUCAAGCAUAUACAUAUUUUAAAAAUCAAUAUACACAAAACAGGUAUGGUAGAUGAGCAACCCCGGAUAAUUAUAUGCCACACAAAGGGUGGUAUCGCACAAUAACUUACAACAAUUGCAAAUUAUUGGAAUGUAGUGACUUGGUAAAUUUAGGAUGUGUUAGGCGAUAACCCUUGCCUAAAAAGGAACAACUCUGCAAUGCCACAAGGGCACUUAACAUAUGCUAGACUGCUUGAUCAUACGUCUGCUUGCAUUUUAACUGCACUUAAUAAAUGUUAAGUUGAACGUGUGUCACUAUCCUUAGAAGAACUGCAUAUUAGUCUUUGCUAAUGAAAGCUAGAAAAUUAGAAUCUAAACAUAAAGUAGUCAUGGCACAGACACAUCCAGAGCAGUUUUAUCACAGGCAAGAAACUAUCCUUUUAAAGUAUCCCUGCUUUUAGAAAAUUGCUGGAAGUAUGACAUUGCUGCAUACCAAGCCUUUAUUAUUGACUGAGUACUUGCAAAAAAGAAAUUUACUUGAACCUAUCACAGUUCCAUCCAGAAUCUGAGUGUCAGGCUAGGUUUGUCACAUUUAGUGUGUGAUUGCAAAUUCUACAAAUUAUAUACAUUUAAGUUUUGCCCUCAGUUGCACUGGUGCCACUUCAGUGGAAACAAGAGAAGAUGUUACCCUUGCAAGUGAAUUAGUCCUUUUCCCGGAGGAGAAGGCACGUCUACAUGUGCAUUAAUGCACCUUUGCUACUGUGCAUUCAGUUUAGUACCUCUAAUAUGAGGUACUACAUAAAUGCGGAGUAGCAAAGAUGCAUGCUUUUUUGACGCUUAAUGUGCGGUAGAUUAAUUCUACUGUGAGUUAGCGCAUCAGCACGGAUUUUGCUGUGAUGCACUAAUGCACAGUAGAAUUAGUCUACUGCGCAUUAAGUGUCUCAUGUAGAUGUGCCCAAGAUGACCCCACCUGACUUCCUGCCCUUGGGCAGGGGGCUGGACCCAAUGAUCACGCAAGGUCCCUUCCAGCCCUAAUGUCUGAAAUCUAUGAAUAGGAUUCAACCUACCAUCUGAUCCAGAUUUGGUUUGCAUGGUUACAAAGUAUAAAGAGUGGCAUUAAACUCACUGAAGUGUGUGGACUGACACCACUGAUGGCAGGUUUAAGUAAGAAUGUGUCACUUCUUUAGUAUGCAGAAAUUGCUUCAAUCCAUGUACAAGGUAAAUUCAGUUUUCUGCAUUCACACCCAUCAGACAAAAUUUAAAUCCUUCAGUACAUCCACCAGGAUCAGUGCUUCCACUAGUGAUUAUACUGGAGCUAAUUCUGCUGCUGUUAAACCUAGUGCCAGUUCUGAUUAAAUCUGGUGGUAUUACUCAGGCUUAAAAGCAGAACUGGUAACUAUUGACUUGAAUAGAUUUACUCUGGAGGAGUUUAGAGCUGUAUUUGGCUUUUCUUUUGUGCACAUGCCUAUAAGAAAGCCAUUAUUAACCUUCCACAGGUUCCUAUUCCACUCACUUUAGGGCUAGAAUAUUCAACAGAGUUCAGUAACUGCAACUGGGCCAGAUUUUCAAAAGAAUUUAGCAGGCUGGCUGCUGAGCUCUUCGAAAUAUGUGUAUUACUAUCUCAGCUGAAGAAGAUGGAAGCUAAACUUUUUUUUGAAAAUCUGACCCCAGUAGUGAGUGCUGAGCUAUCUUCAGUAGCUGUCUGCCUUAGCUAUAAAGUGUUCAGAGAUGUUCAGUCAUGCUAUUUGGUAUUCCAAAUCUAACUUUUGAAGAAUCAUCUAAUCUUUAUAGGAUUGAUCAUCCUAUGGCACUACUAUUAAUAAAAGCUUAGGGAAGUCUUUAAAUAGUAUACCCCAUUUAUCCAUAGCUAGGGAGCCUGCUGUAGCUCAUAUAAGGAUUGUAGAUAUUACUGGAACUUCUUUAGUGAUUCCUGCUUUCUUGUAAAGCAGAAGAGUGAAUGCUAAAUCAAAGCAGAGCUGCAGUAUCCCCUCUGAGCACUAAAAGUUUAUACACAAAAACUAAUAUGGAACAAGGUAGAAUGUAAAUUUAUAGAUGGAUAUAGCAGAAUAGAUCAGCGGUAUGUUUGGAUUUAUUCCAGAUAAAUAACUUUUCCCCCAUUUCAAUUUAAUGUUGAUUACUCCAAAUUACUUUAAACUUGAAAAUGGUACUCUUACUCUACCUAAAUUAGAAUAAUCUAGUUAAAUUAGAAUAAUCUAGAAUAGCUCUUCCAGAAUAACUCCAUUUGUAUAAGCCCUUACCCUUUCUUUCAGCCAGGAAAAGUGAGAAAAAGAUAAAAGACAAUUCCUGCUGUGACAUCUUGGCAUUUUACUGGGUUAAGUAGCAUACGAGACCGUGACAUCCUUCCCUGUCUAAAAUACUUGGUUACUUAUUUUUUUCAAAUGCAUUCCAGAAGAGCUGUUUAACUUUGUUACAGCUUGGACAUCAAACCACUUGGAAGAUGCUUCAUACCAGUGAUGUGCUGGAUGGAAGGGAGCUUUUCCAAUCAUUUUUAAGGGCACCUAUACAUGUGAUGGACUUCUGCUCCAACGCGUGCUAAUUAGCAUGCGUUGGAGCAGACACAAUCAAGUCUGCUGGCCUGUGCUAAUUAGCAUGCUCCAGCAGCCUCUGCAUCACAUGUAUUCAGCAUCCCUAUGCUUCAACGUAGCAGUGGGGCGCUUUAACUAAAUCUCAACGAACGAGCUUUAGUUAAAACACCUCUGCUGCCAUUUUGAAGUGCGGGACUCUGAAUACACUCUUGGAGCCACUCUAAUUAAAGCGCCCCUCCCCCGCACCCUCCACCCAGUAGCACGUGUAUAGAUGCCCUUAAAUUCUUACUUCAAAUGAAUGGGGAGAUGGCACUGAGUUUACAAUAUUCUGGGUGUCACAAUUUCUUCAUCUAUUGGAAAUGACUGAUACCUGAGUGUCACACAAGCAUUAAUUCUAAAGAACAAAUAUUUACCUUUGGACUGCAAUAAAUAUCAGGUAUUUUAAAACUUUAAUAGGAGGAGAUGAACUUGCUCCUUUUGGACGUUCUUACAUCCACUUUUAUUAUUACAAUUUAACAUUACAUAAUAUUAGAAAUACAUUGCACACAUUUUUACCAAGUGUAUAUGCUGCAUAUGAUUUUUGCAAAAUUGUUAUCUUUGCCCCUUCAUUUAUGGGAAUUAUUUUUAACAGCAAGCAAGGAAAUGGGUAUUUCAGUUUUUCAAACUUCUCUGCAAAUUUUGCAUGCACUUUUACAAUAGUUCUAUCACAUGGCAAGGGGAGACAUUUUGUAGAAGUACCUUGAUAUAUACUAAAACAUCACUGCUCUACUACACAGACAGGGUAUGAUCCUAGAUAAUCAAUUUUGGGACUUGAUAUAGAUCCUGCUAGAUUUUUUUAAUGAAAAUGUUUAGUCUUUCUGACUUCUGUAUCUUAGCUAGUAAAUUGUUCUAUAAUGUUUAAAUAUUGAAAAUUACCAUGUUUUCUUAUAACAAAUGGUAGAUAGCAGAUUUUUUACUUUAAAUUCCUAUAUGUGCUUUGUUCUCAGUAUAUCUCUUGCAAUUCUUUACCUAUUAAACUUGUAACCAUUUUUAUAUUAUAUUUUAGAGUUAUUUGCAGAAGGUUAUUGUAAAAGCUGGUUGUGCAAGCCAGUUCUAUUGUCUUUAACUUUGCAAUCUUGGAAAAAGGUAUUUACAAAAAACCCCAAGAAACAAACCCUGUUCAUAGAAAGAAAGUUAUUUUAAAAUUUAUUUGCAUGCAAUGUAACGUGAAUAAAAACAGGGAUUUUACAAUC